AUGCGCGACUGUUCCCCUCCAUCUAUUAAUUACAUAUUUGAUUACUGUGAAAAUGUUAUUGGUGGUGUUGGUAUUAUUAUUGGUGGUGGUUUCGGUGGUCUUGAUGUUGGUAUUAGUGGCAUUGGUUGUGGUGUUAGCGGUCUUAGAGGCCUUGGUGCGGUUAUUUAUGGCAUUGGUGGUGUUGGUGUUGGUGUUGGUAUUGGUGGAAUUAGUGGUGGCGUUGGUGGUGGUGUUGGUGGUCUUAGUGGUCUUGGUGGUGGUCUUAGCGACAUUGGUGGUGAUCUGGGUGCAUCUUCUGGAGGUGUUGGUGGUGGAGUUGUUGAAAUUGGUGGCAGCCAUCCUGAUGCUGAUGCUACUUCAACCACUGUUGGAGUUACUCCCCAGCUUGUUGAGGCAGAGUAA